GCACUUUCCUCCUGAUUUGCGUUACCAUGGAGAGCGUUGCUGUGUGACGCCUGGUGGUAUCCAGGAAGAAGGUGAACUAGCUGGUAGGAGGAAAAAAAUGGACGAUAAUUUCCAACAAGAAGAUGGUGGAACGGCAAAAAAUGAUGUUAAGGGAAUGAUGAAAACACUACACCACUGACCCACCGGACGUUUUCAUAGUAUGGAGGUUGCCAAGUCUGGACGAAGAGCUCGCCCUGCGGCACACCAGUCAUCGUUUGAAGAGACUCGUCACAUAAGGAAGUCCUCCACCUCUGCUUCAGCAGGAGAGGAUGAUGAUGAGGGCCCUCCUCCUAAACCAGCCCGGCGACAGGGCGGCUGGGCAGAGGACAGCUCUGGAUCUGGUUCUGCCAAUGUCGCCACCCCCGCCCCGCAGACAGGACACCAUCCAAGGGCAGGCAGAUCUUCGAGAAGACCUGCAGCUGAGGACCUCGAAGACCGCCGUCUGCGACCACAAACUCCCCAGGGAUCAGAUGAUGAAGGAGACAUCCCAACGAUUCCUGAUCUGGAUGAAGUGCAAGAAGAAGAUCUCACCAUGCAAAUUGCAGCUCCACCAUGUGUUCAGGUGAACCGAGUAAUGACCUACAGAGAUCUGGACAAUGAUCUGAAGAAUUAUUCUGCAUUCCAAACCUUAGAUGGAGAGAUCGACUUGAAGCUACUCACCAAGGUUUUAGCACCCGAGCAGGAGGUGAGGGAGGAUGAUGUGAGCUGGGAAUGGGAUCAUCUGUUUACAGAGGUGUCCUCGGAGCUGCUGAUGGAAUGGGAUCAAGGAGAGAGUGAGGAGCUGGCUGUGUAGCCUGCAACUCGAGGAGGACGCUUGAACUGAGACAUGAAGUUGCUCUAGUAGGAGUGAACAUCCCACUACAGAGAAGGGCUAUCAACUUACAAACUUCAAUUACUGUUAUUUUGUAUAAAGUGUGUGUACAGCAUUUGGUAAAUUUUAUAAAUAAAUAAAGUUGUCUGUGCACGGAGCAGUACAGUGUUACCUUA